AUGGCUACCGAGACCGAUACACUGUCCUUCUCAUUACCCACGAGCACCGCGCCCACCGACGUCUCCGAGUCGACAUGCAUGCCCAACUCGGCCCCGUUCCUCCCACCCUCGCCCUAUCACCCUCAGGGCGCGCCCGCCCACGCCAACGCCGAGUGGGAUACCACGAUACACCCACUCUCGAGCCCUCAGAAGGUUUGCGCCGCGCCAACCAGCCCGUCGCCCGCCUUCAACUGCGGCCCGGGAACCAGCGUCGGGACAUCUGGCAGCGGGAGCGGGAGCGGAUGUUUCAAUGAUGGGGGUUUGUUGUAUAGAGUCCAGGCCGAGAGGGAGUGCCGAGAGGGACCCGGCAAAACUGUUGAAGAGGCCUGUCAACGAUCUCUCAACCACUUUCCCUGCCCUGGUCUCGCCUUUCCCAUGCCGGCCCUCGACUUUGACUUUCGCAUCGCCGUCCGUCUAAACCAGGAACCCGUCCACGUCGACUCUGGCAACACCAAGGAGAUCACGACAGUCGCCGCCGGAGUGUGGUCCGGCUCGUUUGGCCACGGCCGCGUCAUUGCAGGCGGUUAUGAUCUCGGCCAGGCACGCGGCUUUCGCCCCAUGAGGCUUGUAGAGGGUGCUUUUGUCAUUCAGACGAGUGAUGAGCAACCGGCGGUCCUUGAAAUGCGCACCCGUGGUUCCCUCUCUGGUCCCUCAGAUAUCCUCGACACCUUGCUGAGCCCUCGCGCCCCCAAGGACAUUGACCCACGCCGCUACGGAUUCCGCAUGUUUGCGACAUUCAAGACCUCGGACAAGAGAUAUGCCGAGAUUGUCAACUGCGGCUUGUGGGUAGCCAGUGGUGCCUGGCGUGGCGAGCACCUUGUUAUUGAUGCGUACCGCGUGACAUGA